GUUAAGCGAGGAGCAGAAGCUCUUUGUGGGAGUUCUGCGAUUUGCAGGUUUUAAGUCACUUCUAAGCAGUCCUUUUGAGAGAUAAAGCAAUUUCUCACAGGGCAUUUUCGAAUGGUUCUCUUACGUGGAUGCAAGUGAAUAUCGUUUUGUCGUGGUGACAAUAGGAUAACAUCUCUCCUGUGGCGAUGUGCCUCCGCCGAUGCUUCAAAGCUAAGCUGCUAUGACUUUCUUUUGGGCGUUUUUUCAAACCAGUCUAAUGGUUUAAGAGAUGUUUUCAAAGAAUGGAAACAGCCGACGUGUCGAUCAGAGAGCAACAAUUCCACGAGCGAGUGCGAGAGACUUUGAUCUGUGUCAUUCUCUUCAGCUCCCUCUACAUCGUGUCCUACCUCAUCCUCACCCACUUCAAGAAAAAUGCAGAGUUCGUCACUGAUGACGUUGAGGAUGCCACAGUCAACAAGAUUGCGUUGUGGCUGUGUACGUUCACCCUCUCUGUGGCGGUGUGUGCGGUGCUCCUGCUCCCCAUCUCCAUCGUGUCCAAUGAGGUGCUGCUCACCUUCCCCCACAGCUACUACAUGCAGUGGCUCAACGGCUCCCUCAUUCACGGCCUGUGGAACCUGGUCUUCCUCUUCUCCAACCUCUCCCUGGUGUUCCUCAUGCCCUUUGCCUACUUCUUCCUGGAGUCGGAGGGCUUUGCAGGAUCUAAAAAGGGCGUGAUGUCGCGUGUCUAUGAGACCGCGGUCAUGCUGCUGCUCCUGAGCCUGCUGGUGCUGGGCAUGGUGUGGGUGGCGUCUGCCCUGCUGCACCACCACACCGCCAGAAAGAGCCUCUACGACCUGUGGGAGUACUACCUGCCCUACCUGUACUCAGGCAUUUCACUGUUUGGAGUGCUGCUACUCUUACUGUGCACUCCUUUCGGCCUGUCUCGGAUGUUCAGCAUCACCGGCAGCCUGCUGGUCAAACCUCGGCUGCUGGAGAAUGUGGAGGAGACAAUGAACUGUGCCGAGCUGGAGGAGGCCUCUCUCCACAGGAAGCUGAAGAACAGUGCCUCCUGCUGGCAUGUGAAUAUGGAGUCGGUGAAGACCCAGUUUCUCAGCGUGCAGGCCAAACGCAUUGCUUUAGAAAUGCGGAGGAGGGCAUCCCCAUGGCAACGCAACUUGGGCUACCCGCUGGCCAUGCUGCUACUGCUAGCUUUAACGGUGGUGUGUGUGCUGAUGGUGUGCUUCCACGUCUUGGAGCUGCUGUUCGACGAGACGGCCAUGCCCAGAGGAAUGGAGGACCCGCGGCUGGGCAUGGCCUCCUUCUCCAUGUUCGGCUCCCUGGGAGCAGCUGUGGAAGUGGUGCUCAUUCUUUAUCUGAUGGUGUCAUCCGUGGUGGGGUUCUAUAGCUCCCCGCUGUUCUCAGGUCUGCUGCCUCGUGCUCAGGACACCACCCUCACACAGAUCAUUGGGAACUGUGUGUCGCUGCUGGUGCUGAGCUCAGCCCUGCCUGUCUUCUCAAGGACACUUGGCAUCACCAGGUUCGAUCUGCUGGGAGACUUUGGCCGCUACAACUGGCUCGGCAACUUCCACAUUGUGUUCCUGUACAACGUGCUGUUUGCGGGGCUCACCUCGGCGUGCCUCAUGAACACGCUCACCUGGGCUGUGCAGCGGGAGCUCAUCCGCGCCUUCGGCCUCCACAAACUGCCCCUGACUGUCUCUCGCUCCACCAUCCCCUUCAAACUGCUUGUGGCCAGCGGGCUCUCGAGGAUCCAGUGAAGCGGCCGGAGUGUCCUCUUGGUCUCACCACCCUGAAGGAGCUCUGCUCUGACCGCGGCCUCUCCCCAUGUCCCACAGAGCUGCUGGAUGCCUGUUGGGAUUGCUGGGGACGGCUUGAGAAGCACCUGGAUACGCAGAGACUGAGUACCCUAGGUGCACUCUUACCCAGCGUCAGGUUUGCCAUGACCGCGCUGUUGAUUUGUCUUUUAAGUGAAGUGCUAUUGUAAUCAGUCCCAAAGAGACAUGCAAUGUUCUCGGAGGGACCUGAAGCAGCAGGACCAGAGCUUCAGGACCAAUGCCUCACCACACACUGAGGAGCAAUGGCUCUCCACUGGGAUAAGAACUCUCAUCACUGAUGGGACAAGCUAUUUUAGAGGGCGACCUCACAAUGAUGCAAUUUCCUCUUCCUGCUUAAUGGACGAAGCGGGCUCUCCCCUUAAUACACCCAUGCACCCCCCCCUCCUUUUUUUCUCAAAUGCACAUUUUCCUUUGACACACCAUCUAUUUUAGAUGAUUUUUCAUCUUAAACUACAAUUCACAGGCUCUGCUAUGCACUGUUAAAGGGAGAAGAUGAGAGGAAGUUUCCUCAGAGGAGAACGCACCUCAGAUGAAUGGAGGGCAGACAUUGUGUUUUUAUUGAGGCAUUGGUUGGGAGGUAAUUGGUGGGUAAUGUUGCCUCACACACAGCAAAGAGGAGGCUUCAGUUCAAAUGCGCUCUAAGCAUUUGACGACAAACCGUGAAUCUGGUGGUUAUGGCUCUGCUGUUGCGUGAAAUUCCCAGCUGCCUUAGACCAAGGAGACUGUGAGGUUUAAUAUCAAUACUGUAAAAUUGUGUUUUUUUACUCAUUGUCUUGUGUGAAUCAAGUGCAAUAUUGUAUUUGCUAGUGAAACAUUUUGCAAAGGUAGACAAUGGAAGUUGUAUGCCAUAAAAUCCAAAAUCUUUUUAGCCCAGUUGAUUGUAAAUGUGCAAUACAGGAAUAUGUGGCAUUAGUCUGCAAAAUAUUUGGGGUGGGGGAUCUGUUUUGUUUUAUUUCCAAAUGUGUAUUUGGACAGGAUUUUAAGUACUUGUAAAAUAUACAUAAAAAUUGCUGAUUUGGAACAGGAAGUUGAUUUAGUUGACUUUGUGGUUAUGUUGCCAUUACAGAUCCAAAGUACCUCAUGCAUCUCAUGUAAGUCAUGCAUGCCUGCACUCUCUCGCUCUCACUCACCAAUUUAAAACCAAAUUGAGAUGGUUCAUUAAUUUGUUUCGUUUUUGAGUAAAGGGGAAGGUUUGACUUACUCCUUCUUUCCCAAUACAAUGUGAAGCCUGUGAAAGAGUAUGUAUUUCGUAAUCAAACAUGACACUUAGUUCCAGUUAUAUAUUGGAACAAUCAUCCUGUGAAGUGCGUGCGCGCGUGUGUGUUGCAUGAAGAGUGCUUUGCAUUAUGACCGUUCCCUUGUCCGGUUGUAAACAUGAAGUGAAGAGUGUGUGGACCUUAAAUUUCUGAUCAGCAGAGGGCAGUGUCUUCCAGCUGUCUUAUCUGCACAUGGCCCUUCCCUCUGUCCCCUAGCCCCUGUCGUCAUCCCACCGUCUCUGUUGUUACUCAGUGUUCACAGUGCCUUUUGAUCCUUUAAUGCGUGUAGCAGAGUGGCUGUACAAGGUAUUCUCUCCUUCUGUGGUUGUUUAACUUGUUACACUUUUGAUCCGCAUAUUCUCCACCAACUUAUUUAACGUGUUCAAAUACUUGGAAAAUACAAUGAGUGAAAUGGUGAAAAGGCCAAAGAUCUGAUUGUAUCUCAUGAUGUGCAGUUCUUUUGCCAUUGCUGCAGCUCACCAGUUAGCAGAUAAUAUUCUAUAGCAUGAAAUGGACACUAUGGACAGUGCAUGUAAAAAUAAAGAUUUAGCCCAGACGAAUUCUUACAGGGGACCACUAUGGUAUGUGGGCUUUCAAACUUAUAAAAUAUUUCAGUAAUGUUUCAAUUAUUAUCAGUUUGGAUGGCCAGACUACAAAUGUUUUUAUUGGUAAUUUAUUUACCUUGUUGAAUUAUACAUUUCUCUGAUGCAUAUUGAGUGUUUAAACGGGGAAAAUUAGUAAUAAAUGUAUUUUAACCCUU